GUACUCGCCAUUUAUUUUUGUCUUGUCGGUGGUGAAAUAACUGGUUGUUUUAUAUUAAAUUUUCCUAAAUUUAUCCAUAUUGGAUAGAAAUGGAGAACUCUAACACAAGUCCUACGGGUUCAGAGAACGAUUUAGAAGUACUUGAUCGAGGUUUGGAGAGUGAAAGUUGUACGAACUCAAGUUCAACGUUAUGGCGGAAAAGACGGGAAGUAGGUCUUCUGCGAGACCAAUGCUUCAUAGACAGCGAGAACGAACCCAGAGCGUCCCAGAAGGAAAAGAUUGUGAAGAUCUGUUUUCUUUUCCCCCAGAGACAUUGAGGCGCCAUACGUUGCUAUCCAGCGAGUUCCAAAAUCGUCCCAAUAUGAAGACAGCCAAGAACAAGAAACAUGACGUUUUUUCGACACUACAAGAGACCUUGGAAGUGCUCAGAGACGAAGCUGGUGCUAGGUCUAGGGAUUCACACAAGAGAGAUGACUUGUGGUGUCAUCCGUUUGAAAUCCCUGAGCAUCCUAUAGGACAGAGCGAAAUGAGACGAGAUGAGAUUGACUUGGAAAGGCAACAAUCGAGAAUCAUGCGAGCAGGCUCUACGACUACCUUAGAUGAAAAAAUGUUCUCUUCUACAGACGGCAGUCAUGAACAGUUACCAAUCUUUUAUCAAAGAUUAUCAAUUUCUGGAGAGAAUAGCAGCGGGGUUCCAAUAGAUGAACUGAAACAAGCUUCCAAGCUACUUGUUGAAGCCCUUUUCAUACGUUUUAAGUACAUGGUAUUAAGUAUGCAGAGUUACUGCCCUACAUUAGCUGAGUCAUUAAAUUCUGUACAUGAAGACUACAACUUAGAUAAGUUUAUGGCUUCGCGAAAUAUGGACAAGCCUAAACCUCCACCCAAAAGAGAUCUUGAGUUCUAUAAUUAUUCCAGUCACUCUCCAUUUGACCAGGAAAUCCCUGGUGACUGUGGCUACAAGGUGAAGAUGGUUGAUGGUGUCAUACAAGUGAUGUCCAGCGGUAAUUCAGACGGUAGUGAGAAGAAGUGUGAGGUCAUUCAUCCCUUUCCUGAUCUUCAAGAGUUCUUUGACGAUCAAAAUGUUUUAUUUGCUUUGUCGACCCAUGGACCUAUCAAAUCUUUUUCCUACCGUCGCCUGAAGUAUCUAGAGUCUAAAUACAACCUUCAUGCUUUGCUCAAUGAUUUGAAGGAGAUUGCAGCCAUGAAGGAGGUACCACAUAGGGAUUUCUAUAAUGUUAGAAAGGUAGACACUCACGUGCAUGCUGCAUCCUGCAUGAACCAGAAGCAUCUGUUGAGGUUCAUAAAGAAGAAGAUGAAGACUGAAGGUGAUGUUCCUUGCAUCAAGAUCGACGGCAAAGUGGCAACAUUAAGAGAAGUGUUUGCCAUGCUGAACUUGACRCCAUAUGACUUGAGUGUGGAUACGCUGGACGUCCAUGCGGACAGUAACACAUUCCAUCGUUUUGACAAGUUUAACUCUAAGUACAAUCCUGUYGGUGAAAGUCAACUGAGAGAGAUAUUCUUAAAAACGCAAAACCACAUCAAUGGAAAGUACUUUGCCCARCUAUUGAAAGAAGUAUUUGCAGACCUUGAGGAGAGCAAGUACCAGAAUGCAGAAUAUCGUAUUUCAAUAUAUGGACGUUCUAGGGAUGAAUGGGACAACUUGGCCAAUUGGGCUGUAGAACAUAAAGUAUACUCCCAGAAUGUACGCUGGCUUAUUCAAGUUCCAAGGCUUUAUGAUGUCUAUAGGUCUAAGAAUUUAGUGCAGAACUUUGAGGAGGUACUAGAGAACUUGUUCAUGCCGAUGUUUGAGGCAACACUCAACCCACAGUCUCAUCCACAACUGCACCAGUUCUUAACACAGGUGAUAGGAUUCGAUAGCGUUGAUGAUGAGAGUAAAGGAGAGAGUCAUCUGUUCAGUCAGAACAGCCCACUACCAGCCAACUGGACAUCAGAGGACAACCCUCCCUACUCUUACUACCUGUACUACAUGUAUUCCAAUAUGGUCUGCUUGAAUCAUCUUAGACGAGAGCRAGGUUUCAAUACCUUCAAGCUUCGUCCACACUGUGGUGAGGCUGGCCCCGCCCAUCAUUUAGUGACAGCCUUCAUGUUGAGUGAGAACAUUUCCCAUGGCCUACUGUUAAGAAAGGUUCCUGCUCUCCAGUACUUGUACUAUCUAGCACAGAUCGGAAUCGCCAUGUCACCGCUCAGCAACAACUCGCUGUUUCUCAACUACCAGCGCAACCCGUUACCAGAAUUCCUCUCAAGAGGGUUGUUAAUCUCCCUCUCUACUGACGAUCCCCUCAUGUUUCAUUUCACCAAGGAACCACUGAUGGAGGAAUACAGUAUUGCAGCUCAAGUCUGGAAAUUAAGCCAGUGUGACAUGGCGGAACUGGCGCGUAACAGUGUACUGAUGAGUGGCUUCGAAGACGAGGUGAAGCAUCAGUGGAUUGAAAACGCGACUGGGGGGAAUGAUAUCACAAARACUAAUGUACCUAACAUCAGGGUGGCGUUCCGGCAGGAAACUCUUACUGAAGAACUGAAGACAAUUUGCGAAGGAGCACGCGAUUAGAGCCAUGUUCCGCAGGAAAAUACUCCAGGGCGUGCGCCACGCAAGACAAAUGGCCAACGUAAAAAUGUGAUUAGAAUUACGUGAGUAAGACAAACAAAUAAGAAAAUGAUGAAUUUACGAAAUAAAUAAAAAAGAGAACAAGAUUUAGUAAUAGAUAACGUAGUCAGCUUAGCAAUCCAAGCCGAGUAAAGGAAAGAAUCCCUCUGUUAUCGCUAAACAUCGUAACCCAAUAGGGAAACGCACGGUACCUCGACUCUCAAAUGGUUUCCCGCUUACCCAAUCGCAGUUAAAAACUAGGAAACCAUUUAAGUGUCACGCUACCUCAAUUUGUUUUCGAAAUCUUCAUCUUACGAGUAAUAUCAUUUUGCUUUCUUAAUAUUUCAAACUUCACUUAUAAAAUUAAAAAUAUUACUUUUCAUCGUCCCUUCAAGGGAUUUAAAAUUUUUAAAUUUUAAAUGAAAAUCUGAAUAUUCCUAAACAUUUCAAGUUUCAAUUAUAACAAUUUUCAAUAUACAAAUACAUUUAUUCAAAUUCUAUUUUAAURCCUUCUAACAAUAUAACAUAAAAUUAACCAUCUAUUAUUGGUCAUUAUGCUAUUGGAUCUUGAUUGGUUUCAUAACUAUUAAUCUGGUCACUUGCAAGCCAGCAUCUUGCAAAAUACCUGGCAAUAUAAAGUCAUGUAGAUCCACAGUUUAUUUGACAGUCUUUAAAAUUUUAAUACCGUGUUAGUCGAAGCCUGGAAGCUUUUUUCUUGUAGUAUUUAAUGCAGGAAAAAAACAAAUGUGGUUAAAGCUGCUGUUGGAUAUCAAGCUCACACUUUUUUGAGGCGCCGUUGCGCACAGUGAUUUCUCAUUCAACUUGUCUCGCGAAAAAAAUUGUACCUUAGUAAGAGGUUUUAUGGGUGUGCAAAUAGGAUUGUCCGACUUUUUGUUGCAGGAGUAGAACUACCUUGUACUCUCUGCACCCACCUGUAGCAAUUUUCUGAUAGACAAGUUGCAAAGGAAUCCGGUGCGCAACAUAGUCUUGAAGCAACCUGAAAUUUUUAUCGUUUAACACGCUAUUUAGUUUGUAAAUAAUUUCUAAACAUUAUUCGGGUAACAUGUCAAUUUAUUUCUAAUGUUUUACAUUAACUAUUAUACGUAAACCCAACGAUAAAUCUUGGUUGGUAAAAGAAAAAUCUUACAAAUUAUUUUCCCAUUUUCUUGUAUCCAUUCGUUUCUAAAUGUUCAAUAAAUAAAAUAAAA